AUUUCGUCAGUCAGAGAUCCUGCUAACGGGAGGCCCGAAACCAGCUACGCAAAACAUUAACUACUACACUAACGCAGCCUUCCAAAACUCAUACUUUUUGUAUUUUACAUCGACUAAAUAGACAUUUGUCUAUCGCCUGCAUGCGUGCUGUUUAUCAGCGAGCAGUUCGCGCAAGUUGACCCGCUUUAACAUCAGCCAGUCAAUCUGUCAUUAGCAUCGUUAGCAUGCUAACCUUAUGACAGGGUGUAUUCGACUGUCUUGAGGUUCACCAAACGACAAGAAAUCACCACAAACGGCUGUGACAUCACUCAAGGUCAUUAGCAGAGGCACAGUGGAUAAGUUCGGUUCUGACACAGAGGAAUGAGUCAUGACCUCUGUGGUGAUAGUAGAUGGAGGAGGGAAUAUAUUGGAGUAUGUCACUGGAGAUGAGGAAGCACAGCAGGAGGUUUGUCCUGAUGGAGUGGAGCCUGACGGAGAAAAGCACUGUCCUGCAGUGAUAGUGGAGCAGGUGAAUAGUGCUGAUUUGGAGCAGUGCUAUGCUGCACAGGUGCUAGUCUAUGACGAUCAGAAUACCUACCUGGUGCAGGACGUGGCUGAGGAACAAGUUGUGGAGACUGAGUUGCAGGAGAUGGGAGCAGUGGAGGUCUCAGUGCAUGAUAAAACUAUCGAGGCAGCUGAAGCGCUGCUCCACAUGGAUUCACCGGCCAGCUUGCAGGGGGAUCGCAGUACAGAGGAGCUUUUGUCUGAGAUGGAGGUGGAAGUGAGAACUGAGGAAAUGGAUUCUGUUGUCCUGCAGGAGGAAGAUUUACUAAAGAAGAAGAAGAGAGCAGGACGAAAACCCAGAACUCCACGAAAUUGCUUUGAUGGUUCUCCGGAUCUGGUCUAUAAGAGGAAAUCGAAAGACAGCAAGGGCUCAACUACUUACCUGUGGGAGUUCCUGUUGGACCUUCUGCAGGACAAGGAAACCUGUCCAAAGUACAUUAAGUGGACUCAAAAGGAAAAGGGCAUAUUCAAGCUUGUGGACUCCAAAGCGGUGUCUAAAUUAUGGGGCCGACAUAAGAAUAAACCUGACAUGAACUAUGAGACAAUGGGGAGAGCGCUUAGGUACUACUACCAACGGGGCAUUUUAUCAAAAGUGGAAGGCCAAAGACUUGUGUACCAGUUUAAGGAGAUGCCCAAAGACAUUGUUUUCAUAGAUGAUGACAAUAUGGACGAAAGCGUUGACGAAGAAAAGAAAGAAACCCCAGCCGCCUCUAAUCGCAGCAAUCCAAAAGGCAAAGGGGCACCAGUCUCUCCCUCCGCUGCUGUAUCUAAAAUCAUCAAUCUAUCCUCAGGACAAGAUGCCUUCAUGACCGUGCAACAGUCACCAGAAAACACAGCAACAACCCCUGGGACAGUGAGGCUGGCCAUGCAGGUUCCUGUUCUCAUGACGACACAGGGUCAGAAAUUCUCAACAGUAACUGUUAACUCACCCUCCGUCCGCUCAUCCGUCCUCUCCAUGCCCAACUCUGUCACUGGGGGUAACAGCGCCGGCAAAAUGGUUCUUCAGGCCGUGCCAACGCUAGUGCCUGCUCAGGGGCAAGGCGGUGAAAGAAUCACCUUGCAGCUCAUCACCCUUCCCACCAUGCCCGGAAAACCCGGCACUCCCAUCACUCUGAGCACGUUUUCCCCCGUCACCGUGCCUACCAGCAACACCCAAGUCUUGAAGCUCGCCAUCCCCUCCAACAUCACCACAUCCACCUCCACAGCUCCUGUAACCGUGGUGGCCUCGCAGCCAGGGGUGACCAUGGUGCCGAACAUACAGCCAGCAAUGUCUUUACAGGAUGUGACUAUUAUUAAGGUUGAAUCUCCUGAGAUUUCCGUGGAUCAGACAGUUAACAGUGCUGCAGGGAACACGUCGAGCACACAAACAAACCCCACGACCACACAGAGCUGAGCGAACGUCAAAUGUCACUGCACUCACAGGAACCGACAUCAACACUUGUGACGGAUACAAAUGAAAUGAGUGAUGUAAAGACUGGCUGUCUUCUGUGAAACAGAUGAGACCAGCACUACAGAUCAGAUGCUUGUUCACUCCCUACACUGUAACCACCACGUGUAGCCUCAAAUCUCGAUUUUGGAAGGCCUUUUUUCUUUCUUUUUCUUCUAAUAAUCUAUUCAAAUCAUGCUUCGUUAUAGUUGACCAUCUGUGCUGUAAUGCAGUAGGAACGAACCUCACUUGGUGCUAAAGUUUGAGAGUAAGUCAUGGGUGAAGAGAAACAGCCAAGAUGCUCGUUUUGAUCACCUGCUAAUUGGGAUCAUGAAAGAAUCUGUGCAUAGAUGUAACUUUGCAGUAGUUAAUGAUAAAUAAAACAAGCAGCCUUAGGUCAGCUUUUUCAAGUCAUUACUAAAAGUAAUUGAUUAUGCUUUCUGUAAAUAUGAUUUAUUUUUUAUAUUUUGUACCAGAAAGUGUUUUUUGUUGUUGUUGUUGUUUUUUUUGUACAGUUUAAAGGAAACUGUUUUCUGAAGGACAUUUAAAUCUUUUUUUUUCUGUUAUCUCAGACUUUUUAAAAUUUCUUUUUUGUGCAUUUAUCGCUUUGUGGUUUCCACCGCUUUUUCAUGUGUACAAAAAAGGGAAAGAAUGUCUGAUACAAUAUAUUGAAUAUUCAAUAUAUGAAGCAUAUAUUUUGUUGUAUUCUUACUCCCAAAAUGUAUCCAAGUAGAUUUAAAUAUAGAGAAUUAUGCAAACG